AUGAACUUCAACGGACCAAAUGGCGUCUCGCUAGAGACUCUUGAGGAGGAGGCUUCGGUCCUGGGCAAAAUGGGAAUGCCAAGAGCAGCUGGUCUGCACCAACAGCAGCAGACACCCAAGCCACGCAGCAAAAAAACGGUGUAUCCAGAAACAUCUUACGGGCUUGCCAGUGGUAGUGGUGGUACCGGAGGUAGCAAGACGAUUGGAUUGGGGAUUGCACGCAGGCCCAGUGACAACUUGUUGCUAAAUUUGGCCCAAGAACAACAGCAACAACAGCAGCAGCAGCAGCAGCACUGUCAACAACAACAAAAACAGCGAGAGCACCAGCACCAGCAACAAGCAGUACCACAGCCACCGACACGCAAGAAAAUAAUCUUAAACCAUGACCGUCCCCUGUCUAACGACUCUAUCACCACACAGAGCUCGAAUCUGUUUUCUUCUAACGCCAGCUCCGCUGCAUGGUCCUCAAACGACAGCUCGCGGGGGUCUUCCAUCAUCGACGAGCUUUCAACGGAAAACGUUAAGCGUGUCGGCGAAGAAGUUUCUUUCGCAGAGACCGACGGUGAGUCCACUAUAAAUCUGACAUCCACCGUUGGUUCCGAAUAUUCCGCGUCAACGCAACAAAAUCUACUCACACAGGCGCCCUUUAGUCAACCCCCGAAACAAGCGCUGCCGAAAAGCACAUAUGUUUUCACCAACAGUUCUAUGGCUCGGUCUCAGGCUUCGUUCCCGUCCAGUAAUCCUUCUCCUUUGAAAAACAACUUCAACCGGAACUCGUUUCCCACCAAGCUUUACUCCAAGUCAACAUCCGCCUUAGCCCAGCAACAACAAGGUCCAAAACAAGCUGGUCAACAGUCGGCGUUAACUCCGUCUCAACGAUAUCGUUUACGCCGGGAGCAGAGUAAGACUGCAUUACAAAAUUCGAUAAAGCAAAAGGAAAAGUAUUACGACGAGCAAGAAACGCUGCCUUCAAGUCCUUACGCUAACGAUACUGAAGUCGGUAAUGACUUUAUUUGGAACAUCCCUGUGGCAUCUAACAGCACAAACUCUUUUCUCAUGUCAUUGCAACCACCUUCCAUGAAAAGAGGACGAUCCAAAAGAUCCUUGGGCUUCUCGCGUUCUUCAUCACAAAACUCAGGAUUAUCUGACAACUCAUCACAGUACUUGGAUUACAACGAAAUGCCACCAUUGCCAAUACCGGGACUGGAUGCAAGCUCCGAUUUCCAAGGCUUUCAGCAAACAUCUGAAGCUCUCUCUUCCGUGUACCAGCACUCAUCUAACAAACUUUCACAAAGCCGACUAUGGGAACGCACAAGCUCCAUGGAAAUUCUGCCGAUGCAGUUCAAGGCUGCCAGUGAUGAAGGAAUGGAGGAUCUCCAGCUGGUUUCUGAAGACAAGGUGCAACUGUGUAGUCCAUCCAGACCUACAUGGUUGCCUCCGAAGGGAGAAGUGGAGCGCAAAAGUCACGAAGAAAAGAUCAAAAAAACUAUGAGCAUGGCUUCCCUUGACCAAUUGGAUCGAAGCCGGGAGCGCGAGGAAGCGCUAAUCCGCGACGAGACUAACAGACAGAAAUUUAUUCUUUUGAUCGACCGUGGACUCACGAGACAGUCAUCGCUGCACGAUCUCAAGAGAAUAAUAUGGGAUACGCAAUUGACGCCUGACAUUCGCCCAGAGGUUUACGACAUACUACUACAAAGCAAAGAGCGCAUGAUCAGCGAGCUGUACAUUGAGCCCUACGAAAAAGUCCUGGACAUAGUGAACCAGAUGCAUUUUCCACGAGCAAAGCAGAGUGAGAUAGAGAGACUGCUAACUAGGAUACCGUCUUCCCGACCUCUACCUCAAUUCGACCAGCUUAUUCUGCUUCUGAAAAUGAAGUCGAUCUCAAACCAAGGUCUGCUUCCAGGUGACGAGCUCUUGUUUUACCACCUGCUGAGCGAAUCGUCUGCUUUUGACCAAAAGAAAGUCUGGGAAAUGGUCAAUCUCAUACAAAUGACUUGUUUUAAUGACACUACCACAUCGAAGCUGGACUCGCGCGUCGUGAGUCCCCGUGGUGUGAUAGCCAACUACAUCAGCAACAGUGCGGAUUUUAAGAAGGAGUUAAAUUCCGAGUGUCUCAACAUCACAACCUGGUGGAACAUAUUGCUGCGCAUGGAUCAUAGCGUAUUUAUCUGGUGUUUGGACAUAAUAGUGACACACAAUAGUCAGUGCUACAAGAACCGGCCUGUGAUACGAGAAAAAGUCGCUAACAAGACCUGGGACACUUACAAAGCUCAGUAUGUGGUGGUGAACUACAAAAUUCUGGCGUCGCUCAUGCUAAACGUCCUUUUAAACUAUCAUUUCGGUUUCAAUGACCUUCGAUUGUUAGGAGAAAUUUCGGAUUGCGACUAUCGAAUCCCGACAACCGUGAACGAAUCGUUGGACACUGGUUUGAACGUUGAGCUUUUCAUAAAAAAAUGGCGUCAUUACAAUAAGAAGUUCUAG